AUGGCGGUCGUCGUCGAACAAACAAUUCCGUUCGCAAAGGAACAGCUCGAUACCGAGAACACGACGAGAUGGAACACUCUUUACCCAUUGAUCCGACCUUCCGUCAAGGCAGUCAAGACUGCGAAAGGCCAAACAGUGCUGGUGGAUGAGACGCUCGCCAAUGACAAACUUGUCAGAGUUGUAGUCGUUGGAAGAGCUGGCAACUUCUCAAGCAAAUCGCUUUCGGACAAGCACAUUACCGCUGUUGUUACCGACAGCGACAGUGAAAAAAGGNNACCCUCGAGUCAAGAACUUGUGCAGGCGAUCAAUGAGGCUGGACACCGCCAACAAGCUGGCAUAGUCAUCCUCAGAUCGGGCAAGCAGAAGAAGUUGACAACUCACGAGGACGAGGUGGUAGAGGUAGAACUCGAGAGCGACCUGGAGGUAGACCAUCUGAUCCAUCUCUUGGGUGCGGCCACGGAGACAACAAGGGCAUCAAUCGAAAAUACACGCAAAGUCCUGCAGAAAUUCCUCGAUGCCUCAACGGCUACAACAUCGACGUUCCAAACUGGAAAAGAAGACGGACGACCAGCCAUAUCACAUGCCGACGGGGAUGCCAGUGGCUACGAAGAAGCAAGGCAUGCUAUCGUAAAAGCACUAGAUAGUGUCCUGGGCUCACACCUCGACCAAAAAGAUGAGAUCACGCAUUCCAUCCACUACUCAGAUGUCAAUGGUCUGUCGCGCUUGGAGAACUACAUCCUUGGCCUGGAGAUUGCCACCUACCUCAAAAACGCGGGACUGUCUUACCGCUUGUCCACAUCAACGCUUUUGCAACACGAGGAUCUGGCAAGAGGAUUUUCCAUCUCAGCCUGUCCAAUCUCCCAGCAGGAUCUCGAAGCACAGCGCGAACCGACAAACCCACUUGCCGAUGAAGUCACGGAAGGUAGCAGUCUGACCAAGGUCGAUUCGCGAUACAUGAAAUUCACCGACAACACAGUCCGUAGCCGUAUUGAAAAUGGCUGCGAUGCCGUCAUCAAGGAGGAAGCAACCAUCACUCGAUAUGAUGAAAUCGUCGGCGAUGGCGAUUGCGGCUACACUCUUCGCGACGGCGCAAAACAAGUCCUCAAAUUCAUCGCGAACAAGGAUCUCUCGGAGUUACCUCAAACGCUGAGCGAGCUUGUACGCGACCUCGAGGUCAACAUGGGAGGCACAUCUGGAGCGUUGUACUGUAUAUUCUUGACCUCGCUGUCUUCAGCGUUGGCUUCGACGGACUCUGUGGCUGCGGCAUUGUCGGUUGCAUUAGACCAGUUGUUGAACUAUACGCGAGCAAGACUGGGUGACAGAACAAUGUUGGACUGUCUGAUCCCUUUCGUUAAGACGCUCAAGUCAACGGGAGAUGUCGAGAAAGCUCUUGUGGAGGCGGAGAAAGGAGUUGAAAGCACAAAGAACCUCGAGGCCAAGCUUGGAAGAAGUACUUAUCUGGACGAGAGUGCGACCAGAGGUGUGCCGGAUCCUGGUGCUUAUGGGUUGCUUGUCUUGUUAAAGGGCAUGAGUGUGAGUGAGCAAUAG